AAGCAUUUGGAGCUGGGCUGACGGUGCAGGCAGGAGCGUCACAUAGACGAACAGGAGCCUGAGAGGCUGCAGACUGGGACUAAAAGAGGACUAAAGAGGCAUUGAGGGGGGGUUCUGGAUCCUAUACAGAGCAGAUAGGUGAUUGACAGCUGGACAGAUAAAGGAGUAUUGACUACUUGGGGGGAAGAAGUGUUUCAACAGAGUGCAGGGACAAAGAUAUAUUUAUUUAUCAGGCAGGGGAAGAGACUUUUUUAAAGGGGGUUGUUCUUUUUUUGCUUUAAUGAAAGAGAUGGAAGGAAGCCCAUAUUGAAUAAGGGAAUCCUCAUCGUUUUCUUGCAAUGUUUUUAAGAAACUCUGAUCUGAGUUAUCCCAGGGAGCCUGCUUUCACGACAGGAUACCAUUACUGACAACUCCAGAAAAGACAAUCUACGCUUCACCUCUUUUUUUGUUUUGGUUUUUAAAGAGCUUCAGUAGAGGUGCUGGACUCAUUGACACUAUGUUUUACUAUUUAACAGCAUCAUGGACUGCUUGUCUUCUUACCUUAUGCCUGCUGGAGGUAUGGACUUCAGCCGGGCCGGCUGUCCAGCAUUCCCAAAGACAGAAGCAGUCUCGCAGGUCUAGACAGAUGUCCACCCUGUCAUCCCUGUCAUCGCCCAGCAACCUGUCAGAAAGUGCUGAGAGAAAAGUGGAGCGCCUCGGCCAGGCUUUUAAGCGAAACGUCCGCGUGCUGCGUGAGAAAAGCGCCUGUUUGGACCUGGUUUUCCUGGUGGACGAGUCCUCGAGCGUGGGGUCCAACAACUUCCAGAGCGAGCUCAGGUUCAUUCGCAAGAUGCUGUCUGACUUCCCCGUGGCGCCGGAGAACACACGGGUGGCGCUGGUGACCUUCUCGUCCAAGAACCACGUGGUUACGAGGGUGGACCACAUCUCUGCGCCCAAAUCCCACCACCACAAAUGCUCCCUGUUCAACCAGGAGAUCCCGGCCAUCAACUACAGAGGAGGAGGCACCUACACCAAAGGAGCCUUCCAGAGAGCAGCACAAAUUCUCCGUCAGUCCCGUGGGAAUGCUACCAAGGCAAUCUUUCUCAUCACUGACGGCUACUCGAACGGGGGGGACCCACGACCAGUGGCGGCAGCUCUGAGAGAGCGAGGCGUUGAGAUCUUCACCCUGGGCAUCUGGCAGGGUAACAUCAGGGAGCUCCAUGACAUGGCCUCACAACCCAAAGACCAGCACUGCUAUCUGGUCCACAACUUUGCUGAGUUUGAGGCUCUGGCUCGUCACGCUCUACAUGAAGACCUACCUACAGGGAGCUACAUCCAGGAGGACCUUUCCCGCUGCUCCUCCCUGUGUGAUGAGGGCAAGGACUGUUGUGACGUGAUGGCCAGCUGUAAGUGUGGGACUCACACCGGACAGUACGACUGCAUCUGUGAGAAAGGAUACUACGGCAAGGGACUGAAGCACGAAUGUACAGCUUGUCCGCCUGGUACUUACAAACCAGAGGGAACACCUGGAGGACUCACCACCUGCCUGACAUGUCCUGAUGCACAUCACACCUCCCAGCCUGGCAGCACCAACCUCGAGGAUUGUGUCUGCAAGCCGGGCUAUCAGCCAAUAGGCACAACCUGUCAGGUGGUAUACUGCCCGGCACUGAGUCCUCCAGAAAAUGGCUUCUUUGUCCAGAAUGUUUGUAACAACCACUUUGAGGCAGCCUGUGGAGUUCGCUGUCAGCCUGGUUUCGAGCUCCAUGGAACUGGCAUCAGACUGUGUCAGGCUGACGGCACCUGGUCAGGAUCACCUGCUAGCUGCAGAGUGCGCUCCUGCCCGCCCCUCACCCGGCCCCAGCAUGGCUCCCUGCGGUGCAGUGACGGCGGGGUGUCCUACAGGACACAGUGUGAGGUCAGCUGUGAACGAAGCUACAGAUUAGAGGGAGACUCCACACUCACCUGCCAGGCCAACUCCCAGUGGAGUGGACCUCUACCUCGGUGUGUGGAGGUUCGAUGCCCCCCCAUCCUGAAUCCAAAGAACGACAUCUUGUUGUCGCCCCCUGCCUGCAGGAGAAAAGCUGUGUCACCAGGCUUCAUUUGUCAUCUCACCUGUCGCCAAGGUUACAGUCUCCAGGGAAACAGGAAGGCGGCAUGCUUGAGCUCUGGGAACUGGACCUCUAAUAUGUUUAAAGCUGUCUGUAAAGAUACAGAGGUGCCACAGCUCCAAUGUCCUGCAGAUAUUGUUGCAGAGACGGACGAACGGCGUGGCACCGCUAACGUCAGCUGGAACGUUCCAACAGCUGCCGACAACUCUCAAGAAGAGGUGAUGGUGCAGGUGAAACCGGUGUACAACCCGCCUCAACUAUUGCCCAUUGGCAGGGAAACCAUCACCUACAUUGCAACCGACCGCUCUGGGAACCAGGCCAACUGCUCUUUUACAGUCUCUGUGAUUGAUACGGAACCUCCAUUCAUUGACAGGUGUAGGUCCCCCCCAGCAGUCCAGGCUACAAACACAGAGGCAGCUGUGGUGUGGGAGUUACCAGAGUUUUCAGAUAACUCAGGUGGUCGCCUUACUGUGACCAGCAGCCAUAAACCAGGCUUCCUGUUCCCAGUAGGAGAAACUGUGGUCCAGUACACUGCAACUGAUGCAGCAGGAAACAAACGCGUCUGCAACCUCACCAUAACUGUUCAAGGGAUGACUUGUGAUCAGCCGUACGUCCCGGUGAAUGGAGAGUUCAUCUGCAUUGAAGAAGAGGAUGGAGUUAAUUGUACUCUGCAGUGUAAAGAAGGAUACAGCUUCGCUCAAGAUGCAGUGCACAGCUAUUUCUGUGCCUACAAUGGAGUUUGGGAGCCGGCUUACUCUUCAGACAGACCAGACUGCUCAUUGAACCGUAUAGCCAAUAAUGGGUAUAAGCCCUUUGAGAUGCUGUUUAAAGCAUCUCGAUGUGAUGAUGCAGACCUCAUCAAGUCGUUUGCUGGUGAUUUUAAUGCUAAACUGGGAAGCAUGCUUCCAAACAUUUGUAGCAGCGAUGAAAUCACCUGUAAGCUGGAGGUCAUGUCUCAGGGUCACUGUCUAGAGUACAACUAUGACUAUGAGAAUGGAUAUUCUAUUGCACCAGGCGGGUGGGCCAACAACUGGGGCUCUCAGGGUGCACAGGACUAUGCCUACUUUGAGUCAGGCUUCGUCACAGGGACCAGGCAGCUCCCGAGUCGUCAGCAGGAAAGCAGCGCGAGACCUCAUCACCGCAGCAAGAGGCACAGAAAGAUCAGAGGUCCAACCAGAGACCACAAGAUCCAAAUUUAUUUCAACAUCACAGCAAGCAUCCCUCUGCCUCUGUCGAGGAACGACUCAGUGGAAGUGGCCAAUCAGAAGAGGCUUUUGCGUACUCUAGAACAGCUCACCAAUCGGUUGAAACGGACCUUGGCGAAACAGCCAUUGUCCAGUUACCACUUAUCCUCAGAGAUGAUCAUUGCUGAUCCCAGAUCACUUGAGAGCAAAAAGGCCUCCCUGUUCUGCAGGCCAGGCUCUGUGCUCAAAGGCAGAAUGUGUGUCCAAUGUCCAGUGGGAACAUAUUUUUCUCUGGAACAUAAUGAGUGUGAGAGCUGCUGGCUUGGGUCCUACCAAGACCAGGAAGGUCAGCUGGAGUGCAAGUCCUGCCCUGAAGGAACAUCUACAGCCUAUCUGCACUCCCGCAGCGUCAGCGAGUGCAAAGGGCAAUGUAAACCCGGCAGUCACUCUCUGAAUGGGCUGGAGAUCUGUGAGUCCUGUCCACUGGGUCACUUCCAGCCUGGUUAUGGUGCCAGGAAAUGUUUAGCCUGUCCUGGUGGGACUUCCACCGUCACCAGAGGAGCAGUGGAUGAGGCUGAGUGUGGAGUUCCCUGCAAUGCGGGUCAUUUUUCUCGCACUGGUCUGGUUCCCUGCUACCCUUGUCCAAGAGAUUACUACCAGCCCGACCAUGGGCGCUCCUACUGCCUCUCCUGUCCCUUCUAUGGAACCACCACAAUAAUCGGGGCAUCCAGCAUACAGCACUGCUCAAGUUUUGGCUCAAGCUUUCUGGCUAAGGAGGAGAGUGUAACCGAUGCUCCAAAAGUGGAGGUCAGCGAGGAAUACGAAGUCAGCAGUCAGGUUUUCCAUGAGUGUUUUCUGAAUCCCUGUCAGAAUGAGGGAACAUGCGAGGAGGUAGGAGCAGGCUACGUCUGCACCUGUAUGGCUGGCUUCACAGGUGCAAAGUGUGAAGUCAACAUAAAUGAGUGUGACUCCGCCCCCUGCCAGAACAGUGGCCUGUGCGUUGAUGGGACUGGAGACUUCCAGUGUCAAUGCAAGCCUGGCUUCUUAGGCUCACUGUGUGAGGAUGAGGUAAACGAGUGCAUGUCCUCCCCCUGUUUGAAUGAGGGGCUGUGUGUGGACGAAGUCAAUAAGUUCACCUGCAGCUGUGCUGAGGGCUUCACAGGCUCUCGAUGUGAGCUGGAAAUCAACGAGUGUCUGUCCAGCCCAUGUUUGAACGGAGGCGUGUGUGAAAACCUGACAGGAGGUUACAGCUGUAACUGUGCUGUGGGUUUCUCUGGGGAUGACUGCGAGAUCAACAUAGAUGAAUGCAACAGCUCUCCUUGUCUCAACGGUGGCUCAUGCAUAGAUGGCGUUAAUAGUUUCAGGUGUGAGUGUGCAGAGGGUUUUCGAGGCUGGCUGUGCGAGGUGGACGUGGACGAGUGCACCCCUAACCCCUGUGUGAACGGAGCAAGCUGCUUUGACGGCAAGGGGUCCUACACCUGCCGCUGCCUCCCUGGGUUCAACGGAUCCAGGUGUGAGACAGAGAUGUCCUCUGCCUUCAACCUGGACUUUGAGGUGUCUGGUAUCCACAGUUAUGUGAUGAUGGAUGGAGUAAUGCCAGCGCUGACAGAAAUCACCUGUACCUUCUGGAUGAAGUCAACAGACACCAAUAAUUAUGGCACGCCCUUGUCCUACGCUGUAGAAGGGAGCGACAAUGCUUUCCUUUUGAUAGACUACAAUGGGUGGGUACUGUAUGUGAACGGUAAGGAGCGGAUUACGGAUUGCCCAGCUGUUAACACCGGUCAGUGGUAUCACAUUGGUGUAUCAUGGAGGAGCUGGGAUGGAGACUGGAGGAUUUACAUCAAUGGGAAGCCCUCAGAUGGAGGCAAAAGCCUGUCAGUCGGCACCACUAUCCCAGGUGGAGGGGUUCUGGUUUUAGGUCAGGAUCAGGAUCAGAGAGGCGAGGGCUUCAACCCUGUUGAGUCUUUUGUUGGAUCCAUCAGUCAGCUCAACAUCUGGGAUCGUGUCCUGACUCCACAACAGAUUAAGGUUCUGGCCAGCAGCUGUCCGGCUUCCCAUGUGACCCAUAGAGGAAAUGUCCUGGCUUGGCCUGAUUUUCUUAAUGGGGUUGCAGGCCGAGUCAAAGUUAACCUCAAUAGCAUUUUCUGUGCUGAUUGUCCCAGGUUGGAGAGCGCUAUGCCCCAUCUGCAUGCCUCCAGUGUAGAGGUGAGCCCUGGUGCUCAGGUGCACCUUUCCUGCGAUCCUGGAUUUUACCUGGUGGGGGAGCCAGUGCUGCAGUGUCAGAACAAAGGAGAGUGGAGCCACCCUCUUCCAAGCUGUGAAAAGGUAUCCUGUGGACCUCCUCGUCCUCUGGAGCAUGGCUUCUACCAGGGUUCAGAUUUCCAUACUGGAAGCUCUGUGGUCUAUCAGUGCAAUGAUGGCUUUUACCUGCUGGGAGACGCCAAGGUGCACUGCAGCAACAGCGGCAAGUGGGGAGGUCAUCCACCGGCCUGUCUGGAUGUGGAUGAGUGUGCUCUGGGAUCUGACUGUGACGCUCAUGCCAGAUGCCAGAACACGGACGGCUCGUACACCUGCACAUGCAUUCAUCCGUACACUGGAGACGGCAAAAACUGCACAGAGCCAGUUAAGUGCCAGAACCCUGGCUCUCCAGAGUUCGGUUACAGAGAUAGCAGCAGCUUUCUGAUGGGCAGUGCAGUGGCGUAUUACUGCGAUAACGGCUAUGAGCUGAUUGGCUCUUCGCAAAUCCACUGCCUGGAUUCAGGAACGUGGGACAAUCCUGUUCCUUACUGCAGAGCUCUAUCUUGCCCGACUCCAACUGUUCCGGAAAACUCUGUUAUGACUGGAAACAACUUUACCUUUGGAAGCAAGGUGACUUUCAGCUGUAAAAAGGGCUUCCUGCCUCAGAUCCCUUAUGAGUUCCAGUGUCUCUCCACUCUGAGAUGGAGCGGGACGCCGCCUGUCUGUUACCCAGUGACCUGCGGGGGGCCUCCAUUCGUGGAGCAUGCAAACUACAUCCUUGAAACAACCACCUACCUCUCUACUGUUCAAUACACAUGUGUUGAGGGAUACAGACCACAGGGCUCCAUGGAGGUGGUUUGUGAAGCGACAGGCGAGUGGAGCCGACCCAUCCCUCAAUGUGUCAGCAUCCUUUGCAGUGAGCCCCCGGCGCUUAAAGAUGCAGUGAUUGAUGGAGAAAACUAUGAAGUGGGAAACAAAGUUCACUACAUCUGCAAAGAAGGGUACACGUUGAUUGGCCCAGGAACCAGGGAGUGCCUACCCUCGGGUCAGUGGAGUGACGGCUUUCUGCAGUGCGUCCCUCGCUCUUGCGGACCACCCCCUGCUAUCGACCACGCUGUGCCCCAUGAAACCCACAUGCUGUUUGGAGACACAGCUAGCUACUACUGCACUGACGGAUACACUGCUAGCAACAACUCAAAGAUGGUGUGCAGUGCUCAGGGUGUGUGGGUGCCCCCUGAUGGCAUGGAAGUCCCUCGCUGCAUCGCAAACUUUUGCCUACGCCCGCCUGAGUUUCCCCAUGCUAUUUUAGAUUCAGUCAACAAGCCCAAAUAUGCUAGCAACACUGAAGUGAGCUAUAAAUGUGAAGAAGGUUUCAUGCUAAACACCACCGCCACGCUCCGAUGCUUGUUAGGGGGGACGUGGGAGCCUUCGCCAUUUGAGAUUGGCUGUGUGCCUGUGAGAUGCUCCAAACCUGAAAGUAUCGAUCGAGGGUAUGUCAGAGGAAGUAACUACAGUUUUGGAGCAGUGGUGGCUUACAGCUGUGAGACAGGGUACAUGAUUCAGGGGGGGAAAAAGAGGAUUUGUAAGGCUAAUGGAGAGUGGGGAGGAGUUCUACCUACUUGUGUUCCUGUGAUCUGUCCCUCCCCGCCUGUACCACAAAAUGGAUACAUCCAGGUCCGACCUCGAUACACUUUUAAUAACAGAGUGAGAUAUGCCUGUAAUGCAGGCUACAAACUGGUUGGAGGGCGAGAGCGAAUUUGUCAAGCCAACCGACAAUGGUCCAACAACGACCCUCCAACCUGCGUCCUUUUAACCUGCGACCCCCCUCCUGAUGUUGUCCAUGGAUACUACAAGGGUUCAGCCUUUCGUGUGGGCAGCAAAGUAGAAUAUUUUUGCGAUGAGGGUUACGAACUUGGAGGGAAUGCUGUUUGGACCUGCCUCAAGAACGGAGAGUGGGAUCAGCCCAGUGCUCCACGCUGCUCUCCAGUCAAGUGUCCAGAACCAUCUCUAGAGGAGAGCCACCUGGUCUUGAAGAACCUGGACUCUGAAUAUGGAAUUGUAGAGCUAUCCUGUGAAAAUGGGUUUGUACUGGAGGGGGCUAACGUGCUUCAGUGUACUCCAUCUCUAAAGUGGAACGACACAUUUCCAGUGUGUAAGGAGGUGUUUUGUGGACCUCCUCCUGAGGUGUCUUUUGGUGCUCCAUCCAAUUACUUUCCUCAAUUCCCUUUUGGUUCAGUGGUCACAUACACAUGCAUUGGAGGCUUUACAUUCAAGAAAGGAGACUCUGUGUCUUGUCUUUCCAACUCCCGGUGGAGUACUCCCUACCCAGAAUGCAUCGCAGUGGAAUGUCCUCAGCCUGUGGAUAUUUCCAGUGGAAUUGUUGACGUCCAUGGACUAACGUACCUCAGUAAAGCCCUAUAUAGCUGUAAGACUGGAUAUAAUUUAGUGGGAAACUCUACACUCCUAUGUGGAGAGAGAGGGGUUUGGAUCGGUGGAAUACCUUCUUGUCGCCCAGUAGAAUGCUCCAUCCCGAAACAAAUAGCCAAUGGGAAGGUGGUAUACACAAAACUCCAGUAUGGACAUAGCGCAACCUACUCUUGUCACCGUGGUUUCAGGCUCCAAGGCCCAGGUACCCUGAAUUGCAUGGCUGAUGGGGAAUGGGACUCAGAGCCCCCUGUCUGUAUGCAGAUAUCAUGCACUCUGCCCCAACCAAUCGAAAAUGGUUUUGUGGAGGGUCAGGAUCAAAGUUUUGGAGUCACUAUUUUCUACAGCUGUUUCCCAGGGUUCCAGCUUGUCGGGCAGGAUCAUAUAACCUGUGAGGAAUCUGGCUGGUCUAGUGCUGUUCCUAUGUGUGUACCUUCAGACUGUGGACUGCCUCCUCACAUUGACUUUGGAGACUAUGUCAGGGUGACAAAGUUGGACGGUACUUCUGAAGACACAAUAUCAGCCUCCCCUUCAGGCUUGAACUUCCUUUAUGGGACGAUGAUCGAGUACCACUGUCAUCCAGGUUACAACAUUAGUAGCCACACAAGGCUGCUGUGUAAGGAGGAUGGGGACUGGAAUGGGACAGCCCCAUCUUGCAUCCCAGCAGAAUGUGAAACACCGCCCAAACCAGAGCAUGGCUUCUUAAACAGCAUUGAGGCUCCUGUUGGCAGUGCCGUCAGUUAUUCUUGUGAGGAAGGGUAUGAGCUGGUGGGAGAGCCUGAAAGACACUGUGUAUCAGGUCAACUUUGGACCCCCUUUGAGGCCCCGGUUUGCCGACCUGUAACCUGUGGCGAUCCUGGUGCUGUUGCUAAUUGUACAAUACAUGGGAGGGAUUUUGUUUACCCUGAAGUUUUGCACUUUGAGUGCCAUCCAGGAUUUGUCCUAAAGGGAACGGACACCAUCGCCUGCCAAGCAGACGGAAAGUGGAACGGGCAAAAGCCACGCUGUGAGCUAGUGUCCUGCGGUCCCCCAACGGUACCUAGUGACAUCACAGUUGAAGGAAAAGAGUACACCUAUAAUAAACAAAUUGAACUGAGAUGUCAACCUGGUUUCAUCUUAAAUGGUAAAUCUAGAAGUGUUUGCCAGGCUGAUGGCAGCUGGAGUCAUGGCCAUCCUUCUUGUGUACCAGCUCGUUGUGGGAGGCCUUCCUCUAUACCCCAUGGCCAUGUGAUAGGCUCAGAAUUUGGUUACAACAGCAAAGUUAAGUAUGAAUGUGAUGAAGGUUACAAGCUUACUGGAGAGCCGACCCUUGUUUGUGAGUCAGAUGGACUGUGGGACAAACCCCCACCCCGCUGUGAUAUCAUUAGCUGCGACCCACCUGAAGACAUCAGUCACGGCUUUGUGAAUGGUUCAGGGUUCAACUAUAAUGAUGUGGUAGAGUACAUUUGUUUCGAAGGAUAUGAGGCGGUAGGUGAUCCCAUCCUGAGAUGCUCAGCUCAGGGAGUCUGGGUGGGCUCUGUACCUCGAUGCCAACCUUGUGCCUGUUCCCAACCUGAAGUUCGGUUUGGGGUGGUCAUGGGCUCUGGUCGAGCCUGUGGAGACCGAGUGCAGUUCAGUUGUGAUCGGGGCUACAAACUACUGGGUCCCUCUCAGGCAGUAUGCGAUAAAGGAGGAGUGUGGAGUCCCGGGGUGCCAAUGUGUGGCAGGGGAAGGUGCAGCGCUGCCCCACCUGUGGUCCCCAAUGCAGUACUACUUGGUGGCAUAGCUAGCUUCCCAGAAAAACUCUCAUACAAGUGUCGUAUCGGCUACCUGCUGAAAGGGUACCCACUCCUCUCCUGUGGAAGUGAUGGAAGAUGGGGGGAACCCAGAAUUCGCUGCGAGCCUGUGAACUGCGGAAAACCACCUGUGGUAGCCCACGGUCACGUGGUGGGAGACGCCUACACCUUCCCCAACCAGGUCACAUACAGAUGUGAGGAUGGAUAUGAACUUUCAACAAGGGGAGCCUCCCUGUCAUGUCAGAGUGACGGCACCUGGUCCAAACACAGCCUCGAGUGCCGUCCCGCUCCCUGCUUGCCGCCCUCCAAUAUUUCUAUCCCACAUCUGCAAAUAAGCAGCAGGGAGCUCACUCCUGUUGGGGGAACUAUCACCCUGUCGUGUCCUCCUGGCUUCUACCUGCAGGGGUCAGCGUUAGCAGAGUGUCAGAUGGGAGGAACAUGGUCUCCGAGCAUCAACACAGUUUCCUGUGAGAUGGUCGUGUGUGAGAAACCUUCUCUUCUUCUUCACGGUAUCAUGGAAGGUGACAGCUACAACUAUGGAGAUUUUGUCCUGUAUUCCUGCCUGCCUGGCUUUGAUUUAAAGGGAGACACUGUCCAGACCUGCCAGGGGGAUGGAACAUGGAGUGGGACUCAGCCAGUUUGUGUUGCAUCAGCAGCCUCCUGUGGGCCUCCACCCAUUGUAAAGAAUGCUCAGAUUCUCCCAAAAGACGAAAGGCAUGCGAACAAUGUCACCUACGUUUGUAAGGCUGGGCUUCAACUUAUUGGACCAAAAACUCUCACCUGUCUGGUCAACGGCUCAUGGAGUAUGCCGCCACCUACAUGUGAAGAGGUCAGAAGCUGUGAUAGUCCCAAACAGCUGUUACAUGGUAGAAUCCAGGAGCACAAUCUGGGCUCUAGACAUGCUUUAGAGUUCCAGUGUGAUCAAGGCUACAACCUGGUUGGAGAUGGUCUGGUGAUGUGCAUGGGCGGAAACACUUGGAGUUCAACCUUCCCCAUCUGCCAAGCAAAGUCUUGCCCGCCUCCCCCUGGCUGGGCGAAAGGCACCAACAAUGAAGGAUCCCAGCAGGAGUUCCAUGUUGGGCAGUCCGUCCGUGUUUCCUGCCCCAAGGGACAGCGGGUAAAAGGUGGCGGCGCCAUCACCUGCAAGCCAGACCAGACCUGGACCCCUCUCAGUUCAGUUUGUGAAAGGGUGUCCUGUGGCCCCCCACUCCAUGUGGCCAACGGGUUGGUGCGGGGGGCGGUGUUCCAGUUCGGGGACGUGGCGGUGUACUCGUGUUUCAGCGGCUACACCAUGGAGGGAGUCGGAAGGAGCAGGUGUCAGGAAAACGGCACCUGGACGGCCCCUCCCUCGUGCAGAGCGUUGUGCUGGCUGCAGUGUCAGAACGGAGGGGUGUGCCAGCGGCCCAACAUCUGUGCCUGUCCAGAGGGCUGGAUGGGUCGACUCUGUGAAGAGCGUAAGUACAAGACGUCUCAGCAUUUUUUUCAUUGAGGCUCUAUUGAAACC